AUGCAGUCAUUGACUUUAAACACGAACAAACUUUCAGGGGAAAUUCCAUCAUCCAUUGGCAACCUUAGUAUGUUGUUUCAACUUGACUUGUCAGAUAACAUUCUGGAAGGAACCAUUCCUCCUAGUCUUGGAAAUUGCCAAAUUUUACAGUUUCUUGAUCUUUCACAUAACAGACUUACUGGAACUAUUCCUUUUCAGGUCAUUGGCCUUCCCUCCUUGUCAUUGUUAUUGAACUUGUCCCACAACUCAUUAAAUGGCAGCCUACCCGUUGAAGUGGGCAACAUGAAAAGCAUCAACAAGUUGGAUGUUUCAAAAAAUUCACUCUCUGGUGAAAAUCCUUCAACUAUUGCACAGUGCAUAAGCUUGGAAUUCCUUAAUUUACAUGGGAAUUUCUUCCGGGGAGCCAUACCUUCUUCCUUGGCUUCAUUGAAAGGCCUUCAGUAUUUAGAUUUGCCACAAAAUAACUUGUCUGGAUCAAUUCCAGAAGGUUUAGAGCGUAUUCGUGAUCUGCAGUACUUGAAUAUUUCCUUUAACAGGUUGACUGGUGAAGUACCAACAGAAGGUGUCUUUAGAAAUGCAAUUGUCAUGUCAAUAAAAGGAAACAGUGACCUUUGUGGCGGUAUCUCAGGGCUACACCUACCACCAUGCCAAGUCAAAGUUAUGACACAGAAAAAAACAGUUGCUUUCUAUUGGAAAAACACAAAUAGGAGAACAUCUAGUUCACAAACAACAUUGGACCCUCUUGCCAAGGUCUCAUACACGACACUCCACCAAGCAACAAAUGGAUUCUCUUCCGAUAACUUAAUAGGAUCUGAAGGUUUUGGCUCUGUUUAUAAAGGAACUAUUGAGGCGGAAGAGAGAGAUGUCGCUAUAAAGGUCCUGAAUCUUAAAAAGAAAAAUAUUCGCCACAGAAACCUGGUCAAGAUUAUAACGUGCUGCUCGAGCAUGGAUUAUAGUGGAUAUGAAUUCAAAGCUCUAGUCUUUGACUACAUGGAAAAUGGAAGUUUAGACAAAUGGUUGCAUUCUGCGUCAGAAAUUGGAGAUCGACCAACUUUGGACUUUUCUCAAAGGCUAAAUAUUCUUAUAGAAAUUGGUUGUGCUUUACAUUAUCUUCAUUAUGAAUGUGCACAACAAAUAGUUCACUGUGAUUUAAAGCCAAACAAUGUUCUUCUUGACAAUGAUAUGGUUGCUCAUGUAAGUAAUUUUGGACUGGCAAGACUUACCUAUACCAUCAAUGGUGUCUCUCAUCUUCAAUUUAGCACAAUCGGAAUCAAGGGAACGGUUGGAUACGCUCCUCCAGAAUAUGGAAUGGGAGGUGAAGUAUCAACACAGGGUGAGGUGUAUAGCUUUGGAAUCCUUGUACUGGAGAUGCUAACAGGAAGGAAACCCACAGACGAAAUGUUUAUAAAUGGAAUCAAUCUCCAUAAUUUUGUCAAAGUUUCGUUGCCAGAUAAGCUCCUACAUUUAGUGGACUCGGCCAUUCUCCGAAGAGAAUUGAAACAAACAGUUGUAUCAGCAGAAAUGGAAAACUACAGUGAUCAGAACAUGAGGCAAAUGCUUCCUAAUGAUAUGAACAAAUGCUUACUUGAACUGUUUACCAUAGGACUGGCUUGUUCAGCAGAGUCACCAAAAGAAAGAAUGAAAAUGAGGGAUGUCAUCAGGGAACUGCAUCUAAUCAGAAAUGCUCUUCUUGGAAAUUGA